AGUCUUAGAAUAAUGUUUAAGGUGGAUGAGUCAAGACGUGUCACCAAAAAUAAGUGUCCAGUCGGGAUAAACAGAGGUGGAAGUGGCCCUUCCGCUGCAGCACACCCGCACAUCUGCUUUGGGGGCGAGUUCUUUUUUCUUUUUUACGCAAAGGAUGUGAGCAGGAGUGGCAUUUAGGGGGCUUUAAAUAGGAACUCUCUCCAAACUUUGGGACAACAGAGCAUCUGAAAACUUCCAGCAGCUCGCAGUGGAAAGCGCCGGUUUGCUCAAGGAUGGACGUCAACAGGAGACUGGGGAUGAGGGAUGCUGUGCUGUCGCUCUUACUCGCCUUACUCCAGGGAUUUCCUCUCGGGGAAACGGCCCCGAACACGUCACCGCUGGUUGGAUCCAACUGGGGGAACCCGAGGAGAUAUGUUCACCUGCAGACAUCCACAGACCUCAACAACUUCUACUUGGAGAUCAGAUUAGAUGGCGUUGUGCGCAGAACUACAGUGAGAAGCUCAUACAGUGUGCUUUUACUGAGAGCUGAGACAAGGGAGCGCAUUGCCAUUCUCGGCGUCAAAAGUAGUCGUUACCUGUGUAUGGAUGUGGAGGGGAACCCAUUCAGCUCGCCCACCUGCCUCAGGGACAACUGUCUGUUCAACCACAGGCUUCUGGAAAACAACCGGGACGUGUACUUCUCCAGUCGGACCGGCAUCCUCUUCAACCUGGAGGGCUCCCGGCAGGUGUUCUCCGCGGGCCAGAACCUCCCGCAGACCUCCCUCUUCCUGCCCAAGAAGAACACGGUGCCGCUGGAGCGCCUCCUGCUGCACAGGGAGAAGAGGAACCAGGUGGUGGAUCCCUCAGACCCGCACAACGUCUACUUUGGGCAGACCGAGGAGGGCUCCGACUCUCGGGCCGUUCCGGAGGACGACGCCGAUCUGGAGACGGAGACAGAGGUGGAGGUGGAGGUGGAGGUGGAGGUCGGGGACGAUGGACGCAACGUGUCCCGGGAGACGCCUCUGGCUCCGUCCACCCACGACCCCUGGAACGUGCACUCGUCCAACCCGGCGAGCCCCCGGAGCACCGGCAUCAUGGGCUGAUUUAAGUGGUGACUUAAUAUAAACUUAGUAUAAACAUAUUAACAGCUGACUUUAUUUUGAAAAACUGAAAAGGAGAUUGAUUGUUUCUUUUUUUUUUCUCCAGUGACCAAAUAAUGUCUUUCAGAAAAACAGUGUUUAAACACUGCAUGUACAAAAUAUUAGACUUGACUUGCAGCCCCCCCUUUUUGCACGAGGUAUAGUGUUACAACGCAAUUCUUUAAUAUUACUGCAGAUAAAUGCAGACGUGGAAGUUAAAUCAGUAAGAGAUGCGUUUUACCUGAAGUAUUUUGGUGAUACAUUGAGCAUAAAGGGAUUUCAACACAUCUAUUGACUAUUUUCCCCCCAUUCAGAAACAGAAUAUUGAAAAAGAAAAUCUUAGUUUUAAUCAUAGUGCCAAGAGCUAAAUCCAUUUCCCAUCCCUAUCCAUUACACUCUCUCAUACCGAGCUAUAGCUUUAGUGAGGAUCCAACUGCUUACCUUAGAAACUAAUAAUCCCCGUCAGCAUGUGUACUUCGGUUUUGUUUCGUGGAAUAUUCUCAUUGAGGUUUUUACAGCUGGUCUGAGAAACACACAGACAGAAGCCUGACAGCCUUCCUCUGGAGUCUAAGUCCUAAGUUUACCCAGUUGGAUAAAGAAGAUUCGAUGUUUGUUUGUCGUUAACCCCAUAUUGCAAUUCCAAAACUACGGAUCACUACACAAUGACAGUGUUUGUUGUGUUCAUGUAUGUGUAUUUGUACUAAUUCAUGACUUGAAAGAAUAUAACUACAGGGUAAACGACCUUUUACAGAAGCAAAUCUGAAGGUGCUGGGCACCACCGGCAAACACUACAACCAGUCCCAAAGAGUAUUUAUUUAUUUAAUUCCAUUCCUUUAUUGUUAUUUAUGGUAUUUAUGUUUUAAAGUUAAAAAUGUACAUAUAAGGAAACAUUGUUCGUCUUUGAAUGUAUGAGUUGGAGAUGCGUUUUUUUUUGGGG